UAUAUACUUGGUACAAUUUAACACAAUGCCAGUACAGAUCUUUGUGAACGAAGAUGACGAAGUUAAUAGUGGUGUUUUUUCUAUUUGUAAACUGUCAAGUACUGUUUUGCACUGUUCAUGAGACACCUGUACGUCCAAAGAUAAUAUCGAGAUCAGAAUGGGGCGCCAGAAAACCGACGACAACUAUACGAGCACUUGCACAAAAUCCUGCGCCAUUUGUUAUAAUUCAUCAUUCGGCGACAGAUAGUUGCAUCACUCAAGCAAUUUGUAAUGCAAGAGUGAGAAGCUUUCAGAAUUACCAUAUAGAUGAGAAGGGUUGGGGUGAAAUAGGCUAUCAAUUCUUAGUUGGAGAGGAUGGAAACAUUUAUGAAGGAAGAGGAUGGGACAAACAUGGUGCACAUUCAAUACCUUAUAACUCUAAGAGCAUUGGAAUUUGCAUAAUUGGUAAUUUCGUUGGCCAUGUACCAAAUGCAGCAGCUAUAGAGGCAACUAAGAAUUUGAUUUCAUAUGGUGUAACAAUUGGGAAGAUACAAAGCAAUUAUACGUUACUUGGCCAUCGACAAACAGCGCACACUUCUUGUCCAGGCAAUAGUCUAUACGAAUUGAUAAAAACAUGGCCACAUUGGUCCUCGAUUUAAAUAUUAAAUUCCAUCCCAAAAUAUUGUUAUAUAAUUUAUUUUAUAUAUAUAAUACAUAUAUAUUUUUUAAUGGAAAAUUUAAAAGAGAAGAUAAUUAAAUUAUUUUAAUUUUGUAUAUUAUCAUAAAAAUAUCAAUGAAGUAUUCUUUUAAAUAAUUUAUACAUAGAGAGUCACUAUGCCAUUCACUGAAUUAUCGUAAGUAUCUUCCUCUGUUCUUACGCAAAUAUCUAUGUGAGAAAAAUCGGGUGAAUUCGUUUUAACAUCGUUGUAAUGGCUUCUGUCUCUAGCCUAAGAAAUAAAGUGUGAUUAUGUUGCAAAAAAAGAAAAAAAGAAA